UUGUUAUUCGCAAAGAAAAAAAUCACUAUUUAAGUAUUUUAGAAUAGUGCUAAAGAUUGUUGACUUCUAUGUGUUUAUUUAAUUCAAAAUUGUAAUAUAGAGCUGAAUGUCGCCCCCGUUCAACAAAUGGAGAUGUAAAGAAAUGCAAGUCAAGAUUUCGUCUCAAAAUUUUAGUAGAGAUACAUAAGUCAUAACGUUAAAUGCUUACCCUGCAGAAUCUAAGUGGAAUCUGUGAUAUUUACAAACGGGUGCUGAAUUAAAUGCCAAGGAUAUUCCAGCAAGCUUGCAUCAUAUUCUUCAGGUGUCUUCAGUCAAAUUCAAAGAGAACUUUGUCAAGGUCUUUACAAAUUACAAAAUCUGAGUUUGUAAAUGCCCAUACACUCAAAUUCUUUUGUGUCAGAAGUUUUCACAUUCCCACAGAGAGAGCCAUGGCUGAAAACAGAUAUACCACAGGCUAUGCUAAACUUGGAACUUCCAGUUGUAAGAAAUGUAAACAAAAGAUUGAUAAAGGGGGACUAAGAAUUGGAAAAGUGGUGUCAAACCCAUUCUCUGAUGAAGGCGGUGACAUGAAACAGUGGUACCACCCACAGUGCAUGUUUGAAACCCUAAAGAGAGCCAGAGCCACCACAAAGAAAAUUGAGGAGCCAGACGAUCUUGAAGGAUUCACAGAGAUCGAGCAGUCUGAUAAAGAUUUGAUCAAUAAGUUAAUCAAAGAAUUUGCCACUCACUCCAGUACAAAGUCUCCAGGCUCUGCGAAGAAAAAGGCAACAUCCAAAGUACAGGCCACUCUGCCCUUUUCCCCCACAAAGCAAAAGGCUGAUCCUGGUGAUGAAGCUGGUCCUUCAACAAGUGCCUUGGAAAGUGAUGCUCCAGGCCACAGAGAUGACUCAUUCCGAGAGUUCCGACGCCUCUGUGCGGAAAUCGCAGAGGAGAAUUCCUACUUGGCUAAAACUAAACUUGUCCAUGAUUUCAUUAACAAAGGCUCCUCUGGAGAUGGGUUUAAAGGUGACAUUUACCUGUGGAUGAAGUGUCUGUUACCUGGAGUAGUGAAGCAGGUGUACAACCUUAACAGUAAACAACUGGUUAAACUGUUCAGCCAGAUAUUUGGUGCAAGUCAGGAUGACAUGGUUGCAGAUUUGGAUCAGGGUGAUGUCGCAGAGACCGUCAGAUUGUACUUUGAAGAGAGCAAGCGAUUACCCCCACAAAAGAAGAGUUUACUCUCUUUGCAGCAGGUUGAUGACUACCUUGAUGAAUUAUCCAAAGUAACCAAGGAAGAUGACCAACAAAGAAUUCUCACUAAGGUUGCUAAGAGGUGCACAGGGAAUGAUUUGAAGAUGUUUGUGAGAUUGAUAAAGCAUGACCUUAGAAUAAACUCUGGAGCAAAGCAUAUAUUGGAUGCUCUGGAUGACAAUGCGUACGCUGCCUUCCAAGCGUCCAGGAAUCUGAGGGACGUAGUGGACCGGGUGAUGGAGAACAAGGCAGGAGGAGUGCCGGGGAUGAAGAAGAAGCUCAGUGUCAAAGCCUCCCUCAUGACCCCUGUCCUUCCCAUGCUGGCAGAGGCUUGUAGGUCAGUUGACCAGGCAAUGAAGAAGUGUCCUAAUGGUUUCUAUGCAGAGAUAAAGUACGAUGGAGAGAGAGUACAACUUCAUAAAAAGGGACACAACUUUCAGUAUUUCAGCAGAAGUCUAAAGCCAGUUUUACCCCACAAAGUCCAGCAUUUUAAGGAGUUUAUCCCUAAGGCCUUUCCCACUGGUGAUGAUCUCAUUCUGGAUGCAGAGGUUUUAUUAGUGGACAACAAGACCAGCAAACCACUCCCGUUUGGAACACUAGGAGUUCACAAGAAAGCUGCAUUUCAAGAUGCUAAUGUCUGCCUGUUUGUGUUUGAUUGUCUUCAUUUAAAUGGAGAAAAUAUUAUGCACAAACCUAUAAAAGAGAGAAAGAAGAUUCUGGAAACAGAGAUGAAAGAAAUUCCCAACAGAGUCAUGCUUUCUGAGGCCCAGCUCAUUAAUGAUCCUGAUGAUCUUCAAACAUUGAUGACAAAAGUAUUCAAGGAAGGCCUCGAGGGGCUUGUCUUAAAGGACAUUAAUAGUAAGUAUGAGCCAGGAAAACGUCACUGGCUGAAGAUCAAGAAGGACUACCUGGAGCAGGGGACGAUGGCGGACUCAGCAGAUCUUGUGGUGCUGGGGGCGUACUUCGGAACAGGAAAUAAAGGUGGUAUCAUGUCCAUCUUUCUGUUGGGUGUCUAUGACCCCAGCAGCAGUAAGUGGUGUACGGUCACAAAGUGUCACAGUGGUCUGGAUGACAAGACAUUGGAGGAGCUUCAGAAAUCGCUGGACAUGGUCAAAAUUAGCAAGAAUGCCGACAAGGUACCAAGUUGGCUGAAUGUAAAAAAGCAAGUUGUGCCAGACUUUGUGACGAGAGACCCCAAGAAGUCACCAGUCUGGGAGAUUUCUGGCGCAGAGUUUAGCAAGGCUGAUAUACACACUGCAGAUGGAAUUUCCAUAAGGUUUCCCCGAAUCACAAAGUUUAGGGAUGACAAGAAUUGGGAGAAUGCAACGGAUUUGCACAGACUCAGAACCCUCUUCAAGAAAUCAAAGGAAACCACAGACCUCAUCCCAAGCUCCAGUGAAGGGACCCCGAAAAAGAAACCCUUGAAGGAUGAUAAUGAAGACAAUGAUAACAACAAUGAGGGGGAUGACAGUGGGACGGACAUAAACAGUGAUGAUGACACAGGGGUAUCUCCCAUGAAAACCACCCCUGCCAAAAACAGUGCCACACCCUCAAAAACCACACCCUUGAAAGCUACACCAACAAAAAAUGGGGUGAAGAGGAAACAUAGUGACACUGGAAAUGGGGAGAUAACUCCAUCCAAAAAGUCAAAGCCAAUGUGCAAGUAUGGAGCAGAUUGUUACCAGACCAACCCUACACAUCUGGAAGAGUUUGACCAUCCUCCUAAGACUCUUCCAAAUGUAUUCAGAGGUUGCAAAAUUUUCCUGCCAACCGACACCAAAUUGUACAGGACACUUAGAAGAUACAUCAUUGGUUGGGAUGGUGAAUUGGUUCCUGAGUAUGAUAAGGCUUCAGCGACCCAUGUGAUAUUGGACAAAGGCCACAAAGGUGACAUAGUUAAGUGUGCAGGGGUGUGUUUAACCUUGGACUGGAUUAAGAUGUGUAUAAAGAAGAAAAUGUUGGUCAGGACUGACCCCUAUCUAGUGGGUGAUGACGACGAGUGACCUGUUGUUGUGUGAACUUACUAGGACGUCAGGUUUCACACCAUUAUCAGAUCCUGUAUUUCUGUGUUAGGAAACUACUCUAGAAUAGAUUUCACUAUGUUUCUAGUAGAAGGAAGUAAAAAGAUAUUUCAAGAUUUAAAUUAAAACUGUAUUUGAUCAUUGUGUAAACACCGACAAUAUAAUAGAAAUAUUUUCUGUAGAGGUAAUUGUAAGUGUAAAAAAUAUCUUGAUUGAAUGCCAAUAACUGGUAUUGUGAUAUCAAGUGAGAGAUCAAUGUCUGAUUACUGUUUGAUAUUUUGUAAAGGUAUGAUAUCUGGUAAGAGCUUAAUAUCUGAUAAAACUAACAUCAGAUGAUAGAUUUUUGUUAAAAGAUAUCUGGUUACAUUAAUAUUCAAGUUCAGGUAAAAAGAUUAAAAGAUAUCUGGUUACAUUAAUAUUCAAGUUCAGGUCGAUAUCUGAGAAUAGCUCAGUAUUUUAUAACAGUUCAAUACACGUAUCUGACAACCGAUUGAUAUAUCUGAUAAGUAGAAGAUAUUUGAUGACUGGACAAUGUCUUGGUAAAGGUCAGUUGUGAGCAUAGGUUGGGUCAUUAGGUCAGAGUAUCUGAAAAUAGAUCAUAUAUACUAGUAUCUGAUAACAAGUUGAUAUCAAAUCACGAAUCAGUCAAUACUUGAUAGCUGAUCAAUACUAAGAUAUAGAUGCAAUGAUAACAGGGUGGCAUAUAAGAAGAGGUCCUACAGAAAUAAUCAAAAGUCCACUACCUUGUUGUAAAGAUUUCAGAAAGGCAGCUCUUGUUGUAUUUGUGUGUACACUUUGUUUUGAUAAAAUAAAUAUUAGAAUACGUAA